AUGGCCGUGCCGAAGAAGCGCCAAUCGAAGAUGAAGACCCGGCAGCGCAAGGCCAACUGGUUUGCGAAGGCCGACCUCCAGCGCGAGCGCGCGCUCACGCUCGGCCGGUCCGUCCUGAGCGGCAGCGCGUCCUCCUUCAUCUACAACCCGGAGGCCGACGACGACGAGGACGAC